CCGAGCAGAGCCGAACAGAAGAGAGCCUUUCUCUGCGAGGGAAGGAGGCGGCUCUUGUUUUCUUUCGCGGCAGACUUCGCUCAGCUGGGCUGAGGUGACCGGCUGGCCGCCUUGCCCCGCCGGGUGCCAUGAGUGGGUCGGGGCUGCCCGGAGGCGGCGGUGGCGGCGGCGGGUCUGGGUUGCCUCCCCUGCCGAAGAGCCUGAGCGGCUUGUUGAAUUCUUCUUCGAGCGGGGUCGGCCCGGGCGGAGCAGGCGGGCGCUGGCGGGACCUGGAGCGGCUCUACGCGCAGAAGUCCCGCAUCCAGGACGAGCUGAGCCGCAGCGGAGGCGGCGGAGGGGGAAGAGGAUCCCCGCGGCCGCCCAAGCCUCCCAACCUGGACGCCGCUUUGGCCUUGCUGCGGAAAGAGAUGGUUGGUCUCCGGCAGCUAGAUAUGUCAUUAUUAUGUCAACUAUACUCCCUUUAUGAGUCAAUUCAAGAAUAUAAAGGUGCCUGCCAAGCUGUAUCAAGUGCAGACUGUGCAUAUGCUCUGGAAAAUGGCUUUUUUGAUGAAGAGGAGGAAUAUUUCUAAGAACACAGCCGUUCCCUGGAGUAGAGCUGAGAUCAUCGGCGUCUAAUUGGAACUUAAAGUGCAUUCCUGCCUUGUGCUGAAGAAAAGACUCUCUGCUACUUUGCAGCCCAUUUAUUUCUGGAAUGCUGUCAACCCGAGUUACACAUUGUGUGAAUCCCCCUUUAAGGAAAGCCAUGUGCAACAAAUUUUAAGGCGUCCUCAAGCAUGUUUGACAGGCCAUGUCAGUAUAAUUUGUGAACUGGGUGUUUCUAGUUUGCACAUGUUGGAAAAUAACUUUCUAUUAACCGUUGCUUGGGAUCAUGUAAGGAAGAAAUGACAUCUGGAGUGUUCUGACAUGUAAAACAUUAGUAGUUAUUAUAUAUGUAUUUUGUAAACAUUUGAAUAGUCUUUGAACUGAUUUAAACUUUUUUUAAAAAAGUCUUGUUAAAAACUCAGAGCUUUGAGGACCAACAUCUACCUUCUCCAGUACUGUACUGUAUUAGAUACUUUUCAAAAUCUCAGAUACACUUCUAAAAGCCUCUUACCAUAUUUUUUCUAUCCCAAAGUUUACAAAUGUUAGGACUCUUACCCUCUUUCCCCAGUGAUCCAGUUCACUCUUUCGCUCACGUAAGUUUUAGCUAUUUUAAUCCAAUCCAUUUAAAGUUUUGUAACACUUGGUAUAUUUUUACACAAAUACAGUGAAAGCAUAUGGGUCUUCCUUAUUGUGAGCUUAUAUAAGUGUAAUUAGAUUGCUUAUUCAGUGAAUAGUAAUAUAAAGUAAAUUUGACAAAAAUUGAGACCAACAGCAGUAUUUUAUACUCCUUAAUGCUUGGAAGAGAGCUGUGAACUUUGUAUCUUUUAAAUCCAAAGGAUGUGUACAAAUUAUUUGUAGGUUAUUCUAUGCAGCUUUGUUUUUUUAUACUAUUGUAACAGAAAACUCAAGCUUGACCUGUAAUUUAUUAAACUUUAUACCAAACAUGGUGUGUGUGUAAAUAAGUAAAAUUAUCUAAGUACAGGCAAGCCUGCCUCCUUCACAAAUAAAACACAAACUGCCACCUCAAUCAUGUUGUCAGGUUUUGCACAGAGGGUGCUUCCAUGAAGGAAUUUUCAGGGAACCAGUACAGUUGUACCUUGGACCUCAAACACCUUGGCUCCUGAAUUAAAUUGGCUCGCAAACAAUCAAAACCCAGAAGUGAAUAUUCUGGUUUUUGAACGAUUUUCGGAAGUUGAACGUCCAGUGUGGCUUCCGAUUGGCUACAGGACGCUCCCGCAGCCAAUCGGAAGCCGCACAUUGGUUUUCGAAAGGUUCCAGGAGUUGAACGGACUCCCAGAACGCAUUCUGUUUGAGAACCAAGGUAAAACCAUAUCAGGAUGGUCACCUGUGAGACUAGAUACAGAGUAAGUCUGUUUCAAUGGGACUUAAGUGUAGCUAUUUUAAUCUGGCUGUAACUUAGAAAUUCUUACUACUAUACCGGUAUGUGUAAAGGUGGUGGAAUUUGCUUGGCUUUGGUUUUCCACCAUGUACUCAAAAUAUAUAGCAGCAUGAACACUUGAAUAGCUAGUUUAACUAGUGAUCCUGGAAUCGCUAUCAAGUAGGGCCUUUGUUGGUGACAGUGCCCACAUAUGGAUGCAACCAAUGAAUUUCUAAUAAAGGCACAGCCCUAGUGCAGAUUCUUGUAUUGCAGACACCACAGUGUCCCCAAUCCAUCAGUAACUUGGAUAGCAACACGUUCCCAGGGCUACCUGCAGACACUGGUCUGAAUCUCCUUCACGCUUCACACAAGCAUUGUUCUGGAGCACAAUUCACACAGCAAGGAAGUGGAGCCCAAGCAGCAAUGCACUUACCAUACAUAGUUUCCUGGGACAAAGCCUGAAGUUCUAUCCAGGGAGAGAAAGACUUGUCAAGUAACCAGAGAGGUGCAAUAGCAGCUGUAGACACAUACUAAUGGUAACAGCCUCUAGUGGCUUUGCUGCUUGUUGGGAAGCAAGAAUAUGCAUGCUUAGUUGAGCCAAUUGGGAAGAUUGCUGCAUAGACCAAUAGCCUAUUGUCUGCUGCAUUUGGCCCAUUCCAACCACGUCAACCCAUGUGAUGAAUCUCCCCACUACCCUUGCUAUUUUGCCUGAUAGGUGAGCCUUGCUGGAUAGCAGUCCACAUUUCUCCAUACAGUACUUCAUUCCUCCCUCCCACCCACUGCAACUGCUUCCUGAAGUCUGACAGCAGCAUACACCUUAUUUACACAUUCUGAGAUAAAUGCCCCUUCACAGGGAAUCUGCAUGUUGUUGCAAGACUGGGUUUGGACCCAAUCUAGCUAAGUUUUCUGGAUAGCCAAAGGACAUUGUGGGAUUUAAUCAUAGAAUUGUAGAGUUGGAAGGGGUCCCCCAAGGGUCAUCUAGUCCGACCCCUACAAUGCAGGAAUCUCAACCAAAGCAUCCAUGGCAGAUGUUUUACAUUUACUUACAGGUAUAUAUACCCCACUCUUCAACUCUUAAAAGGCUUCCACUUGGGAAAGAAUGCUCUUUCCAGAGUUGUUGAUGGGGAAUUUGGUAUUCUGAUGCACUUUACAUAUGUAUAUUCAACCAAGCUGCAGGGGGAUAUAAUCUUUUAACAAGAUAGUCUUUUUAACUAGACUAUGUGCCAAGAUACACACUUGUUUACUUAGGAAAGCCUUGAACUUAUGCAGGCUUUUGCAAUACCAAAAAAAAGCAAGGGAACUGUUCUCUUUAACAACAUAUCUGUAAAAUGUAAAUCCUGCUGUUGAGAUUCCUAUGAAACUACACAAAGUUCAGAUUGCUCAACUUUGUUGUUUUGGUCUGUUUCCACAUAUAUUGAGCAUUCUUUGGAGAUUCACAAAAACAGCAGGAUCUCAGGAAAGCAACAAAAUGGCUUCCUGCUGUGGGCUUCCCUCUGUUGUCCAAAAAAAGAAAUCAAUAUAUCUUGUGUCAAUAUUUUGAAAUGUAGUUACAUUUAUUUGGGGCGAGCUACAGAGAAUUCAUUGGGAUAAGCUACAUUUAAUGGCCUUAUUAGUGUCUUCGGCAGUUAAAAGACUUAUGAAGAUGUUUUCAAUUUAAAAAGAUGUAAACUCCAGUUUUUCUUAUGAAGCAAAAAUACAACAGGGAAAGUGUAUCAUUCAAUGCCAAAUUAAUGUUCAAUAUCACCCAGCAGCCUGCCCCUCCCACCCAAAAUAUUGCUUUUAAGACUACAAUAUUAUACACAUUUUUCUGGCAGGCAAUCCCCAUUAAAUACAGGCCAGGCAAACACCAAGGCUUGGAGACCAGUAAACUGCUCACUGAGCUGGCUAUGCUACCAUUUUAAUUUUGCAUGGGAUUCCUGGCAAAGCCAGAUGCCAUGCAUGUCUGUCUCUUAUUCUGGCCUCCCCAGGAGCCCUGUUGAGAGAAAAGAACCUGUCUGUUUUCUCCUCCAUUUCUGCAGUGCACAGAUGAGUUGUCAUGGAAUGGCUGGAUGCAGAGGAGUUGUCUGGGGAACCCCCCUAGGGAACCCCCAGGGGAAGAAGGCUCCAAGCUAGGGGAUUGGUGGUGGGAAGACAAUGUGUGGUCAGUGGGAGGAGAAGACUGGGAGGAGGAGUCAGUGGCAAAAGAGGUGACAAGGUUUAGUGAACCCAGGGUUUAGAAGCUGUGGCAGAGAGCAGCUCAGACUGACUCUACAGUGGAGGCUGGAGGGGAGAGUGGCCAAGAGGGAUAGUAGAGACAGAUUGCUGAUGAAUCCAGGGAGUCUGCCCCUCCUGCUGUGACCUCUCCCUCCUGGUCUCCCAGAACAUGCAGAUGAAAAGAGCAGAGAUUGAUUGCACACAUACACAGUAUCAGAUUGCUUGGGAAAUAACCUGGAGAGGAGGGAACUCAGUCCUCGCAACUUCCUCACUGGGGCAAGACUUGCUGGGAAGAGUUGCCAGGAUCACUAGGCUUGCUCUGUUUUGGUUUCUUUGAAUUAAGCGUUACCUUGCCUGACAUUGUGUUUUUUAUCGCUGACCUACAUCUGACUCUGGCAAUGCUCUGUAUAGAUUUCAUAGAGUGUCGAUAUUUGACAUUGUAUUGUUGUACUUGGUCAUCGUGUUGCCUUGGAUAUUACCUACAUCUGACUCCGGCUCCUGACAGUAUGUGAAUUUUACCUUUAUAGUAGGCUAGUUUCUAUACACAUCCAUCUCUAUCUUCAAUCUAAGACAGCAAGAAACAUCAGAGUUCAAGGACACAUCCCAGGCAGGAAAAAUACUGGAGGUACAAAGCAGGGCUGUUGAGGGAUGUGGCUUGGGGAGAGUCCCAAGGACCUAACAGCCCUGGAAGGCCACAUUUGCUUCUGCAGGGCCACUAGAUGUUAGUGGACUACAGCUCUCUUCACUGCUGACCACUGGUCAUGCUGCUUGGGGCUGAUAGUUCAGCAACAUCAGGAGGCCCACAGGUUCCCCACUCCUGGUUUAGUAUUUCAUGCAAAACAGGCCAGUGUUAACUAUAGUACAAAUUAAUGUACUAAGGCUGAAUUCCUAUACUUGGGAGUAAAUCCUCAUAAACUCAGCAGGAUUAUUUCUCAGCAGUCAUGCAUAGUAUUGCACUGCACUUCCCCUUAUUUGGAAGUAAGUUUCAUUGCACUCAGCAAAUGUUUUGGAAGGAGAAAGUGUUUUGACACUAAAUGCUAUCUUGCCCCUUUUUGCAAAGUCAACUUUUCAAUAUUUAAUUCAUGUUUUAUUGUGUUAUGACCUCUUGCUUAUAUAUAAAAUGUCUGCUCUUAAGUCUGUGAGGUUUUAUUUUGGGCAGGAUCCCUCCCUCCCCUCACAAAAAUGUUUGUUUAUCUCAUCAGUCCAGUGUCCAAGCACACAGUGCUACCCCUCAAGGGUCAAAGAGACCAUUCAGUGGAGUUGAGAGGACUGGCUCAUGUGCAGUAAUUCAAGGGUUCAUUUUAGACUUCCGGAGCUAGGCUCUGUCACAAACAAUAAUUAUGCCUGUCUGAAUUGUGCCAGCUAUUGCUUAAACUGUUUUGACUGGUUAAACACAAGAGCCUUUUGAAUCAUUUAGAAUCCGGCAGAGCCAGAAUGGCUGUAUCAAGAUUCCAAGAGAAGGAGAAAUAUAUAUUUUAAAAUCCAUCUAUGGCUCUUUUUGUUCAAAUUCAUUCAGCCUAGUCACUUCUGAUUUAGAAUGUACUUAAUGGGAAUCAAGCUGAAGAUUUUAAAUUAAUCCAGUGGAAUUUUGCUAGAUUGGUAAUUAAAACGACAUGUUAGGAUAUAUUAAGGAAUGUAAGAUUAAUACACUUACACUUGGAACUUCUAGUAUGGUACUAAAAGCAACCCUUUCAAGAAGCUGAAAUGCAGCAUAAUUGAUACAAUGCCUUUUAUUGAACCAGCUAGUCUAUAAACCUGGAAGAAAGGAUUAGAACUCCAUACUUUGAAGUAAGUUUAGGUGUCCAAAGGGGUGGUGGUACGGAAUAAUAUACUGUUUUAUGCCAACAGCAAUGAUCUGUCCUUGUUGGAGGAAAUUAGGUCAUAAGCUCACCCACAAGUUGGCAAGCUGGGGGGAAAUUCAGCAAACUGAUAAUUAAAUAUGGUUUUGCUUCCUGUGCAAUUUGGUUUGAGGUGCAAUCCUAGGCACACAUACAUGAAAUAAGUUCACCUGAACUUUGGAUUAAACAUGGGUAGGAUCAGGCUGUAGGGAUCCAGGUAAUUUGUAAUUCACUUAACAUGUAGCUUUAGAUCUUUGGUAGGCAGUGGUGGGAAUGGCAAAUGGUGGGAAAUUUGAUUGAAAGCGGCGCUGCUAGCAGAGGGACUCGGGAGCAGUGGCUGUUUCACCAGUGAUAUAUCGCUGAGUGAAACCACUAUCACACUCUGCCUUCAUAUGAUGCUGUUAUAAGAAUUUUGAGGUCAUAUAUAUAUUGUUCAUAAAACAUGUACAUGAAUGUACAGAAACAUGUCUGAAGCAGCACAGGAGGACAGGCCUGACUGACACCAUCUUGACUCUCUCUCUCUGACCAGGUGUUCCUCUGCAAGGAAGAAGGGGGGUGGGGGGAACCUUCUCAUUGUCUCAGGAAUUAAAGUGAUAAUCCCUGGCAUCCUGAUACCUGGGUGCCAGACAAAAGGGUGUGAUUAACUUGGCUGGGAAACAGGGAAAUGUAAAUAUCUCUCUUUUUUGUUGAUUAGGUUUUGGGGGCAGGGGGCAGGGUCCAGACUGCUCAGAUUACUGCCACCAGACCUCCCCUUUCAUGAUGUACCUAUGAUGAAUCUAGGGAGGGGGGUCUUGGGCUACACCCCUUCUGUGACAUAUGGAUGAUGCUUCUGGGGGUGGGCUGAAACCAAUUUCAAAUUUCUUUUUAAGGGCAAGACACCUUUGUUUGGGGUUCCUUCCUUGUUCUCCUGUGUGAGGGGAAGGACCCUGUUGCAACAGUGAAAAUAAAGGCUUUGCUUCUCAAACUUCUCUGGUUGGCCUCUGUUAUAUUCUCCAACCGAUGGAGAACCCAAUAAGGGAAUAAAGGCAGAUUUUUGCCUAAAUCAAUGCAGAGGGAGAAACAAGAUGUAUUGGCGAGGCUUGUUCCUCCCUCUGCAUCUUUUAACUACUCCACUGAGGAGUGUGCAGCUGAGCAGUUAAAGGAGCCCGCAGCCCAGCGCUGGCUCCUGUGAGCUGGCGGUGGGGUGGGGGCUUUAUGAAGCGGCUCAGCUGAGGGGCGUGCAGUUGGUUCUGCCCACUCGCCCGUGAGUAGGGGGAGCACCGGGGCUGUCUUAGCAGGGAAGGGGGAACCUUCCUGAUCCCCAGCUGAGCUGCGCAAACAAGCUGUGUUGCCCCAGCCUGUGAGUGCCUGGGUGAAACCAGUUCCCAAGGUGAGAGCUGGGGCCUUUUCACCAGGUGCCCUGGUGCAGGCCAAUGCAGCUUGCUUUUUCAGUGUCGUGGUUUGUCGACAAACCAGUGUUUGGCUGGCGAUAUUGUUGAAAAGCUGGUAUUGCCCAGCCCUAGUGGCUAGAUUAUAACCUUCUUCCUGACAUCUACUUAGAAGGGGUUUUUUCAAUAUGGGGGCUUUGAACUCCCCCUCCCACUUAAACAGCAAACCUGCCCACCUCCAUAUCACUGAGAAACAGCUUUUGAAACUGAACAAAGCUUCAAAAGCAGUUUGGACAGCAAAUCAGGUCAGGUUAGCAUAUCUGAAGGUUAAAGAUUAUACAGGGUCGAGGCUUCCGGGUUCAGCGCCAGCGUCGAUCGGCGGGGCUUUGUCUCGUCUCCGAGACGGCCCGUCUCUGCUAGGAGUGGGGAGGGCAGCGAGAGCGACGCUGCGCCCCUUAGAACCUCGGGAAGGGCGUCCCGAGGGCAAUUUGCUCGGCACAGACCCAAUCCGGACUCCCCAACUCUUCGGCUAGCUCUAAUAAGAGCUCCGGAGCGAGGAGGGUAGAAGUCGCGGGGGCCAUUUUGAGCGGCAACGUUAUUCUAGCAGGGAGAAGCUUCAAGCCGAAGGCGGAGAGCGCUGGAUUCUUCCGAAAAUAAAACGAUUGGAAAAGACUGUAAGUAACUUCAUGAUUUGGAUUAUUAUAAAACAAUUUGGAUCUGGGAGAGAGGGGAGAAAAGAGGAAGCCACCCCCCCCCACGGCAACAAAAGAGACAGUAAAUAGAAACCCGAAGCCAUAAACAGAAGAUUUACAAUUCAAAGGAUCCCUCAAAGGCAUCAAAGAGAAUCUCCCCUUUGAUGCAGGGUGAAAAGGGGAGAGAGACUGCGGUUUAUGACUGCCCUGCAAUUAGAGGCACAGCCUAAGAAAAAAACCUUUCCACUCGGGAGCCGGCAGCCCAGACAACCCAGUGAGUUGUCAGGUUUUAUAAGUCAAAUUUUACUUCACUUUGUAUUUCUGGACUUUGUGGAAUUUCUUUUUUGGCUUAAGUGUUUGUGAAAUGUGAGUUCGAACUUUAUUGUCAAUAAGACUUGAAGAAUGCAGCCAGCUUGUUAAAAUGGAGUCGAAAAAUAAACUGUGAUCAUAUUCCACCCCACGUGACAAGUUUUGACCUUGGCAGGACUGAAAUAUGUCAACAAAAAAGUGUUCCCCUGAGUUCCAGCGGUCUGUUUUGACCUUAAUGUGGGAAACAAGAAUAGAGUUAUGUCAAGAGGAGACACGACGGCAAGAGUUACAGGAAAAAUUCCAGGAGGUGAUGGCGGAAUAUGAUUUUUUAGGAGAUGAAGCUUUUGACGCUGAAAAAGAUGAAUGUGAGAAUGACAAUGAUGGGGAAGGAAAAGAAGAAGAUGAGGAUUGUGAUGAUUCAACACAAAAUGAAGCACACCACGAAAAAAAUGAUGACUUUACUCUACAAAAAGUUGGAUGGAGUGCCCUGCUUUUGAGGGGGGCACGAUUGGUAUCAUUGGAACUCCAGAACGCCCACAGGGAAGAAGGAAAAAAUAUGCAGAGAAGAGAAGAAAUUCAGGGGUCCUGUAUGGUGGCCUGGAUGACAAAAGACUGUAAACAGGGGGUGGGGUGAAGGGAAAGUGAUGUUGUGAUUAAGGAUGGAUUAACAGGUUUAUAACUGGUCUGCUGAUUUUGGAAUUUGCUGGAUUGGGGGGGGAAGCCGGCAAUCGGGGAUGUAAGGUUAAAUUGAGAAUAGUUAUAGUUUUAAAAGUGAAUGGAUUUUGGAAAAUGUGAAAAUAUGGAGGCUUAUAGAGGGAGAAAAAACAAAAAAUUAGGCACGGGAAGAGAAAAUGGGAGUUUGAUUUCUCAGUGAUUUGAAUAUUAGAUGAAAAUGUUAACAAUUGAUUUAUAAGUUGUAUAAGAUGCAAAGGUGUAUUUUUAUAAAGUAAGAAACUGUUGCAGAUGAUAAAAAAGGGAUGAAAACCGGGGAAGGGGGGGGAGGGGAA